AUGGAUGAAAGCCGUGAAAGCCAUGGAAAACAAUAUGUGGAUGGGAUGAUUGAGUACAUGCAUAGAUGUGACCUAGAAAAAUGGUCGAAACUUGAAGUAGAUGACUUUAUUGAGAAAAAGCUUGGUCUAUAUGUAAGUGAGUUGGAGUACUUUUACCUGAAGACUCUGAUGAAUUUAAAAGAAGGCUUGGUCCGCUUAUUUGACAAUAAAUCCUCCAUGGAUAUGGCUGAAAUUGGAGUUAAAGCAUGGGUAGUUGACCUCUAUGUUGUGGAUACAACUGGGGUAUUGGUCAGUCAAGUAAUACAAGACCAUGGAGAGGCUACUGUUGAUGAUGGAAAGUCCACUGACAAGGAAAAUGGAAGGCUAGAUGCGGCUGUUAAGGGGAAGAGCAAGGUUGAUGUUGUUGAGGAGGACAAUGUGGAGGUGCCUCCAUUUGUUGAUAGUGACUACGACCUUAGUGAUAAGGAUAAAGAUAAUAUUAUGGCUACCCAAGUGAAAGGGUGGAAAAGGGUUGUGGAUGUAAUGGCAAGGCACCCUACUGAUGAUACUAUUGACAGUGAUCAACUUCCUAGAGACUCACCAAGUUCGGGAUCAGAAGAUGAAGAAGAGAAAGAGCAUUAUGACGAUACAAGGCGUUUGACUAGAAGAUAUAAGGCUGACACUGAGCGCAACGACCCGAGAUGGGAAAUUGGGUUGCGUUUUAAUUCCAAGGCAGACUUCAAAGACUUAAUUCGUCACCAAGGAGUUUCACGGCUCCACAACAAACAUAAGUGUGGCGGGGCUUCCUAUAACCAUGGAUGUGCCAAUGUACGGUAUCUCGCUAAGAAAUACAAGGAAGAUAUUCGAGUCAUCCCUGGAAUGACUGUGGGCCAAUUUAUAGAAAAGGUGCAUAGUGACAUGAAGAUCACCAUUUCUCCAGGAAAGGCCAAGAGAGCUAUGCAACAUGCAUGGAGACUGAUAGAAGUCGACUUGGUGAAGCAGUACAAGCGCCUACAUGACUACAAGGCUGAAAUUCUCAGAACUAAUCCGGGAAGCACGGUUGUCUUAGCAAAGCAGUGGCUUGAGGAUGGAUAUGACAGGUUUAAGGCUAUUUACAUUGCUUACGAAGCAUGUAAAAAUUCUUUCAAACGUCAUUGUAGACGCUUGAUAGGCCUAGAUGGGUGUCAUUUGAAGGGGCAAGCCAAGGGAAUUCUUUUGACAGCCAUCGGAUUGGAUCCGAAUGAUCAGAUUUUUUCCAUAGCUUUUGUCGUAGUUUGCAUUGAAAAUACUGACACAUGGAAUCGGUUCCUCGGGCUGUUGGUGCAAGAUUUGGAAAUUACGGAUUCUAGCAAGUGGACUUUCAUCUCGGACAGAAAAAAGGGGCUAAUCAAUGCCAUGAGAAACUAUUGCCCGCAUGUCGUGGAUAAUUCCCGGAAUUCACUUGAUCCAGUGCUUGGCUCAAACAAUGUAUUGAGUUGA